AUUGACAUAUUCUGGUACAUUUUUCCUCUGAAUCUCCGUAUUGCGAUUUGUUUGGUUUGUAGUGUUAUUAAACGAAAACUAAAUAUUUAUACCUUGUAAAAAUGUUAAGAAAUGCACUUAAAAUGCUUAGGAUAGGAUAUCCAUGUCGUCAUCUACGUCAAGGAAUAGCUUACAGGUUUAGUCAAGCGAAACAAUUUAGUGUCUUCACACAAUAUCCUAUUGGAUCUAGAAACCGUAAAGAACCAGUCUUCAACUCGUGUCAAUGCCGAACAAUGUUUAUUCAGACUCAAGAUACACCUAAUCCAAAUAGUUUAAAAUUUAUGCCUGGUACAAAAGUUCUUGAACCCGGUCAAACACUUGACUUUCCUAAUAUUGGAGCUGCGCAGUGCAGUCCUUUAGCAAAAAUGAUAUUCCGCAUUGAUGGUGUGAAAGCAGUGUUUUUCGGACAUGAUUUUAUAACAGUUACAAAGCAAGAUGAUGAUGUUGAAUGGAAGUUACUUAAACCAGAAAUAUUUGCAACAAUAAUGGAUUUCUUUGCCAGUGGUUUGCCAAUAGUAACUGAUGCCAAGCCAUCGGGAGAUACUCAAAUAAAUGAAGAUGAUGAUGAAAUAGUUCAAAUGAUCAAAGAACUGCUGGAUACAAGAAUCAGACCAACAGUGCAAGAAGACGGUGGUGAUGUGCUGUUUGUAGAUUUCAAAGAUGGAGUGCUGAGACUUAAGAUGCAAGGCUCCUGUUCAUCAUGUCCUAGUUCUAUUGUUACUUUGAAAAAUGGAGUACAAAACAUGAUGCAAUUUUAUAUACCUGAAGUCUUAGCAGUUGAACAAAUAGAUGAUGAUGGAGAGAAACUCAGUGAGAAAAUAUUCAAAGAAUUUGAACAAUUAAAAUCGAAAGAGAAAAAUGAGUAAAACAUGUAGAAAUUUAAUAAAACAUGUAUAGUCAUUUUUAA